GAGAUGGGUGAUACUGAUGAUGCAAUUGAUCUUUUAAAGAAAACUUGUUAUUUAGAACGGGAUUACGAUGCUGCCUGGUUUUUAUUACUUGAUACUUUGACUAAGAAAGGAGACUAUGCUGAAGCUGAACACAUUGGGAAACUGGCGUUGAAAGAAAUACCGCAUACAAAGUCAAGAUCAGUACGUGCAAUAUUAGGAAAAGUAGCGGCUUUACAAAACAAGUUAGAGAUUGCUGUUAAUUAUUUCGAGUCUGUGAUUGGUUUGGACCCGAAAACAGAAGCGGAGGAUUAUUACAAUUUGGGGAUUAUUUAUAGCCUGGUGAAGCGAGAAACAGAUGCCAUUGAAGCGAUAAAGAAAAGUCUACAAAUUAAACCAAAUUCUGAAAACAGUUUAACAGCUUUAAAGAAUAUUCAAAGCAAACUGAAGAAUUAAACUUGUUUUUUACACAGGUUUGUCAUGCAAUGGAUUGUUAUAUACACUGUAUUGCAUCUGUCCACCAGU